UGUAGUCUGUCUGUGCAAUUUUCUUACAGCAGCUGAGGAUAUGAUCAAUGGUUUCGUCGGUUUCCUUGCAAAGUCUGCAUUUUGGGUCAUCAGCCGAUUUUUUGAUCUUGGCCUGAAUUGCCUUUGUUCUGAUGGCUUGCUCCUGGGCUGCACGGAUCAGGCCUUCUGUCUCCUUCUUCAGGGUCCCAUUCGUGAGCCAGAGCCAGGUCUUUCCUUCAAUUUUGUCAAGGAACUUUCCAUGCAAUGUUUUGUUGUGCCGGCUGUCAGCUCUAGUUUGUAGUGCGGUUUUCUUGUACUGAUUUUUUUGUCUGCUGUGCUUUGAGGAUUUUAUUAUUAUUAUUAUUCUCCUUGUUCCCUUUCUUCGCUUCAGCAGCCAGCUGCCUUGGCCUUGGCAGAGGCUGGGAUCCCCUCCCCACGCCCACCCUUCCCCCAGCCAUCCCUGCCAGUGGCUGACACUGUGAUGAAUUCAGCAGCACAGCCUGCUCUGUGUCUCCCUCUUUCUUUCUUUCUCCCUCUCUCUCUUUCUCUCUGUGGCUGUGCAUGUGUGUGCGCUCUCUCGUGUGCCUGUGUGCCAGAGAGAGAGAGAGAGAGAGAGAGAGAGUCUCUAUGUGCCUCAGCCUCCUCCGAAAAGCAGCAGUGGAAGCAGGCGAAGGAGGUGGGGACCAUGCAGCUGCCCCAACUCUUGGGCCCUCCUGCCAGCCGGGUCCCCCUGGUUUGGAUGCCAGCCGGCUCCAAGUUCCUCUGCAUCGAGAUGAAUCGCCCAAUCCAAGUGAAGCCGGCAGACAGCGAAGGCAGAGGAGACAGGAAGCUCUUUGUGGGCAUGCUGGGGAAGCAGCAGAGCGAGGACGACGUCCGGCGGCUUUUUGAGCCCUUCGGCCAGAUCGAAGAGUGCACCAUCCUCAGAGGCCCCGACGGAGCCAGCAAAGGAUGUGCCUUUGUGAAAUACGGAAGCCAUGCGGAGGCCCAAGCGGCUAUCAGCAGCCUCCACGGCAGUCAGACAAUGCCGGGAGCGUCCUCCAGUUUGGUGGUGAAGUUUGCCGACACAGACAAGGAGAGGACCCUGCGGCGAAUGCAUCAGAUGGCGGGACAGCUGGGCAUCUUUAAUCCCAUGACCAUCCAGUUCGGAGCCUACGGAGCAUAUACGCAAGCGAUAAUGCAGCAGCAGGCAGCUCUGAUGGCUGCAGCACAAGGAACUUGCCUCAACCCCAUGGCAGCCAUUGCGGCCGCCCAGAUGCAGCAGAUGGCCGCCUUUAACGUGAGCGGGUUGGUCGCGGCUCCCAUGACGCCCUCAUCAGGUACAAGCACACCUCCCGGGAUCAGCACAGCCCCCGUCCCCAGCAUAGCCACGCCAAUCGGAGUGAAUGGGUUCAGCCCUCUCCCGCCCCAGACCAAUGGGCAGCCAGCAUCCGAAACCAUUUAUACCAAUGGAAUUCAUCCAUACCCAGCUCAAAGUCCCACUGUGGCCGAUCCCCUCCAACAAGCCUACGCAGGCAUGCAGCACUAUGCAGCAGCAUAUCCAGCCGCCUAUGCACCAAUCAGCCAGGCCUUCCCCCAGCAAGCUCCCAUCAUCCCUCAACAGCAAAGAGAAGGUCCUGAAGGCUGUAACCUCUUCAUUUAUCACCUGCCCCAGGAGUUUGGGGACGCAGAGCUCAUGCAGAUGUUCUUGCCUUUUGGCAACGUCAUCUCUGCCAAAGUCUUUGUCGACCGUGCCACCAACCAAAGUAAAUGCUUUGGUUUCGUCAGUUUUGACAAUCCAACUAGUGCUCAGGCAGCCAUUCAGGCCAUGAACGGCUUCCAGAUCGGCAUGAAGAGGCUAAAAGUCCAACUAAAGCGGCCAAAAGAUGCCAACAGACCCUACUGACCCCUGUUCACUUUGGCUCUGAAAACAGAUGGGAUGCCGUGCGGCGUAUGAAGAGUAUUCCCCUUGUCCCAUUUGCCGUAUCCAGACUUGUAACUCUCUUUCUUUGCAACAUAUCACGGACGAGGAGAAAGUGGAAGCAGAAGAGUCAGAGAAGGAGAGAAAGAGAGAGAGAGACGCUGGCGAAUCCAGGGAGCCAGUUUGGUUGCGAUUUCCUUCUUCUUCUUUUUAAAAAAAAAAAAUUCCUUUUUUUGUCUUUGGAGUCUUCACAUCGGUUGGGAGGGGGUGGGAGUUGUCUCUUUUCGGAAGCGAGAGAAAGCGAGGAGAGCUGCGGCGACCACAUCGGACACGAGGGAAAGCGGCGUUGACGUUUGCCCAACGCAAAACUUCACGACGGUGACAAGGAAGAGGCCGCUGAAGAAGACUUCUGCUCUUUUUAUUUUGUAAACAAAGCUAAAGAAAAAUCCCUCCUGGCAAAAGGAGUGGGAUUUUUGUGAGAAGAAUGGUUGCAGGCGCGAAGCCUGCUGUUGGGACCAAUCUCUCUCUGAAGCACUUGUCCGAUGCUCGAUUUCGGAAGAGGGAGGCCAAAUAGAUCUAAACCAAAGCCGGUGGGUUUGGACCAGGCCUAUGUGUUGUUACACCUGGGUAACACUUUUGUUGUUUUCAAAAGGGGUCAAAAGAGGUGGGUGUUUUGUUUUGUUUUUCCGCAUCAGUUUGGAAUAAGAAAGGGGAAAAAAAUCGAUUGCUAAAAGGAUGUUGAACUUAACAGAAGAUAUAUAUAUAAAUAGGUCUAUAUAUCUAUAUCCCACAGAUUGGGCGGCUGGGGCUUUCUCGACCCCACUUUGUCUGAGGAGAUGGGAUUAACUUCUUUCAAAGUCAUAUCAUUCCUUAGAGUUUAGGGACCAAAGGACUAUUGCUUUUUUAAAAUAUAUAAAUAUAUAUAUAUAUAUAUAAAUGAAUUAAUUUAAAAAACAAAAACAAAAGGUUGAAAAAAAGAAACUCAAAAGAAGUUUUAAAAAAAAUACGCAAACGGGGGGGUGCGGGGGAGGGAAGCUUCAUGUCAAAGCUGCAAGUUGUCUCCAAGAGAAGCAGACGCAAGUACGCAACGAGCAGAUGUUGCUUUGUGAGCAGUGUAGCCAAUGCCCGUGGCCUGUUGACCGCAUUGAACGCCGUCGGGUGGAAACGCGGGGAGAAAAUUGGGUGUUUUCAGGGGAGGGAGAGGAAAUCUUGGGAUCGGCUCUUUCCUCCUCUUGGCUUUCCAAAAAUUUUGUUAUGAAAUUGGGAUGUGGAGGGAGGACGUUUAAUAGAGAGAUUUUUUUCUAUUUGCAGUCCCUGAUCUGCUUCUCCCGUGUGCUGAAAGUCCACAUCCACCGGUGUAAAAAGAGACACAUUUCUAGGUAAGCAUGCAUAGUGAUGCAACCUCCUUAGUCUUCAGGAUCGGUCCAAAAUAUAUUCAAAAUUAAUGCCCAGUCCCAUUUUCACCCUUACAGGGGUGUAAGUUGUGCAGAGUGGCUAUAUCUCUGUAAGGAUGUGCAAAAUGAUUGCAUCGGCCACUGAACUCGCCAAUGCAAAAUUAUUGCAUCAGAUACUGAAAUUUCCACUUCAAAAUUAUUGCAUCGGCCACUGAAAUAUCCAGUGCAAAAUUAUUGCAUUAGCCACUAAAAUAGCCAAUGCAAAAUUAUUGCAUUAGCCACUGAAAUCUCUAAUGCAAAAUUAUUGCAUCAGAUACUGAAAUUUCCUCUUCAAAAUUAUUGCAUCGGCCACUGAAAUAUCCAAUGCAACAUUAUUGCAUUAGCCACGGAAAUCUCGAAUGCAAAAUUAUUGCAUCAGAUACUGAAAUUUCCACUUCAAAAUUAUUGCAUCAGCCACUGAAAUAUUCAAUGCAACAUUAUUGCAUUAGCCACUGAAAUCUCCAAUGCAAAAUUAUUGCAUCAGAUACUGAAAUUUCCACUUCAAAAUUAUUGCAUCGGCCACUGAAAUAUCCAGUGCAAAAUUAUUGCAUUAGCCACUGAAAUCUCCAAUGCAAAAUUAUUGCAUUAGAUACUGAAAUUUCCACUUCAAAAUUAUUGCAUCAGCCACUGAAAUAUUCAAUGCAACAUUAUUGCAUUAGCCACUGAAAUCUCCAAUGCAAAAUUAUUGCAUCAGAUACUGAAAUUUCCUCUUCAAAAUUAUUGCAUCGGCCACUGAAAUAUCCAGUGCAAAAUUAUUGCAUUAGCCACUGAAAUCUCCAAUGCAAAAUUAUUGCAUCAGAUACUGAAAUUUCCACUUGAAAAUUAUUGCAUCGGCCACUGAAAUAUCCAGUGCAAAAUUAUUGCAUUAGCCACUAAAAUCUCCAAUGCAAAAUUAUUGCAUCAGAUACUGAAAUUUCCACUUCAAAAUUAUUGCAUCGGCCACUGAAAUAUUCAAUGCAACAUUAUUGCAUUAGCCACUGAAAUCUCCAAUGCAAAAUUAUUGCAUCAGAUACUGAAAUUUCCUCUUCAAAAUUAUUGCAUCGGCCACUGAAAUAUCCAGUGCAAAAUUAUUGCAUUAGCCACUGAAAUCUCCAAUGCAAAAUUAUUGCAUCAGAUACUGAAAUUUCCACUUGAAAAUUAUUGCAUUGGCCACUAAAAUAUCCAAUGCAAAAUUAUUGCAUUAGCCACUGAAAUCUCUAAUGCAAAACGAUUGCAUCAGGCAUUGAAAUCUCCAGUGCAAAAUUAUGGUGGGCUGUAUGGCCAUGUUCCAGAAGCAUUCUCUCCUGUCAUUUCGCCCACAUCUAUGGUUGGCAUCCUCAGACGUUGUGAAGUUUGUUGGAAACUAGGCUCUUGUCUGAGACAAGUGUGAAUGUUGCAAAUGUAACACCUCCCAACAAAGUAUCCCACCAGGCAGGAAGCAGCCAAGCUUUGAAGCUGCAAAGCCAUUCAAUGCUAAUCAAGCUGGCCAAUUGCACCAUUCACACUUGCCUCAAACAGACAAGAGUACUUUCUCCCACCCUGGACAUUAUUCCACAAAUAUAUAAACCCCACUUGCCGAGUUUCCAACAGACCUCACAACCUCCGAGGAGGCCUGCCAUAGAUGUGGGCGAAACGUCAGGAGAGAAUGCUUCUGGAAUAUGGCCAGACAGCCCAUGCAAGCCUUCGACAACAUAGAUUCAUAACAGACCUGGAUCCGUGUCUCUCAUUGCACAGGUGUGAUUUUAGCCAAACUUGAGACUUACUUUCAGGGAUCGGAUGGGGAGAAGGAGGUCCGAGAGAAGGCAAGGAAGAGCCAAGAGAAACAGGAUUAGAGAAAGUGCCAAAUAAAUGUGACAGAAAGUCAAGGUACAUGGAGGAGCGGGAACUGUCCUGUUCUCCUUCAUGGUCUACAUUCCCUAAUGCGGUCGCUUGGCCACUGGAUUAUUUCUUCUUCUUCUUUUUCUCCUUUCCCUUUCUUUUAAAAUUCUGCUUCAUUGUUAACAUUUCCUAGCGGUUUAGAACAGGAUGCUUUUUGUAGAGUGGUUAGCAUUUAACAUAGAAGAAGCCCUCUCUUUGAAACAAACGAAACCUAAAAAACAAAACGGAGAAAAAAAAGACAAUCGACUUUAGUGACCUUGUGAAAGUGACUUUUUUAAGACAAAAAAAGAAAGAGAAAAGCAUGUGCGCACACAUACACACACACACACACACAUAUAUAUGCAUAUAUGAUAUAUAUAUAUGCAAGGGAGGGAAAGCUGCAUACAUACAGAGACCUAUACGGGAGUUACGGAGAUGGCAGAAUAGGGAGAGAGGAGCUGAGCUCAACUUACAAUUCUUGGCAAGGAAAGAAGAGACGUUGGGUUGAGGGGACGACAUGCUUUAGGACAACCAGUCCAAGCAGAGGCCCAUGUGGACGUGGUCAGGAGUAGGUGCAGCUAGCCACGUCUUCGCAAGUGUGGAAAGUGGUGCACAAGCCAAGUCAUGGCUUUUUUAACCUACCCGGGAGUCUCAGUUUCCUAUGAUUUGGUACAAGGCAAUUUCUUGACUUAUACCGUUGCCUUUCUCUUGCAAGGCUGCCAGCCAGACCAAGACCAUCUCACUUAGAUGUCCUGUUGUGGGUGUCCAUUUCCCUCGUUGUGUUUUUGCAGAGAUUUUCCCCUUUUUUGCCAUUUGCUAGGAACUGGCUUUGAUCUCGCACCCUGCUGUCAUCAUUCCCCAUUGUCGAAGAGAUAAGCAAACACUAUAAAGGUUCAAAACAUAAAAAGAGAUGUGUCAUGUAAAGGCCACAGAAAUAGUCAGGCCUCUCUGAGUAUAGAGCUAUCUUCUUUUCUAUGUAAAAAAGAUAAGCAAAUACUAUAAAGGUUCAAAACAUAAAAUGCAAUCUACAGCCGGCUACUUAGAAACAGCAUUGUGUUCUCCUAGCUGGGGAGCUAUAAACGGCUCUUUUUGACAACUACUCUGAAUCAACAUCAAUACAUAGUUUGUUCCCCAGACUUGGGAUCUUACUCUUGAGAAACGGAACUUACUUCCAAUAGACUGUAAUUUCAAGAGAUAUUCUAUACACUUGAUGUCAUCGACACAGGAUCUCAAAGAAUCAAAAGAACGUUUGGUCAAGGUUUUUUCUAGAAUAAGCUUUUCAAUACCUGUGAAGUCUUAAAAGAUAUAUUACCAAUAUUAUUUUGCAAAGGUUGAAUGUGUUUAUAUUAUGUUGGUUGCCAAAUCCAAUUGGAGUCUUCAGAAACUGUUUAAAUAGUGGAGACUACUUGAUAUGUUUUGACUUUGGUCCACAUUUAAGCCUUGAUAAUUACAGUUUCCUUUAAACAUUACAGUCUGGAAGAUACUACUAUGGAUUACAACAGUUGACUAUACUUAUUAUUUUCAUUAUUGUUGUUAAAUCUCAGGUAAUAAUGUGUGUACAUGAUGCUUUAAAUUACAUAGUGCAUUUUAUGUUUUGAACCUUUAUAGUAUUUGCUUAUCUUUUUUACAUAGAAAGAAGAUAGCUCUAUACUCAGAGAGGCCUGACUAUUUCUGUGGCCUUUACAUGACACAUCUCUUUUUAUGUUUUGAACCUUUAUAGUGUUUGCUUAUCUCUUCGACAUUGUCUAGUAUAGACAUUUGUGUGUAUUUAUCAUUAUCAUUCCCCAUUGCUCAGGAUCCAAAAAAGGCAAUUUCCGCCAAUGUCAAUGUGUCUCUCCUCCUGAAUCUCAAGAAGAUGUUGGGGCAACUGAAGUGGAGUGAAGGAAGUUGGGUUCGGCUCUUGAGACAUGAGGGCUUGUCGAGGUGUAAACAUGGGCUGGGGAGUAUGUAAUGUGAAAUCUGUAGGUCCUGAAGAAGAGGGGAAGGGGCUUGAAAAUCUGGAUGAUCCUAGAUAUACAAGAAUCCUGGCAGUUCAGGACUUCUUCGGCACAGAAAGUAUAGAUUAUUUUAGAGAUAUGAUUAUUAAUAUGAUCUCUCUAGGAAUCUUUUUUGACCAGGGACCACGCUCCAAAAUUAGUACCAAAAGGGUUACAAUUUUAGAUUUGGUUUGGUUAUUUGAGGAGCCCCCGGUGGCGCAGUGGGUUAAACUACUGAGCUGCUGAAUUUGCUGACCGAAAGGUCGGUGGUUCAAAUCCGGGGAGCCAAGUGAACACCAACCGUUAGCCCCAGCUUCUGCCAAUCUAGCAGUUCGAAAACAUGUAAAUGUGAGUAGAUCAAUAUGUAUCACUCCAGCGCUCCAUGCAGUCACGCCGGCCAUAUGAUCUUGGAGGUGUCUACGGACAACGCCGGCUCUUUGGCUUAGAAAUGGAGAUGAGCACCAACCCCCAGAGUCAGACACAACUAGACUUAAUGUCAGGGGAAAACCUUUACCUUGGUUAUUUGAGGUGCUGAUUCAGAAAACUGCAUUGGAUAGACCACAUCAAGUCUAGUUUCUAAUACAGAGCAUAUGCCAUCCAGUGGUCGCCAUCUGCUCGCCCAAAGAAAACCGUAUUUAAUAGUCUAGAGCGGAUAUCAUCUAUCCCAGAGAUUCCCAAAGUGGGCGCUACCGCCCCCUGGUGGGCGCUGCAGCAAUCCAGGGGGGCGGUGAUGCCACAGGUUCAUUUGCCAUAUGCAUUAAUAUUUAUUUACGUAUUUAUUUCCAUCAUUUCUAUGCCGCCCUUCUCACCCGAAGGGACUCAGGGCGGCUCACAAUCUGGCAAAUUCAAUGCCGGUAUACAGUACAAAAAUAAAACAUAGCAAUUAGAAUAAUCCAAUAAAUACAUUAAUACAUAUAUCUUUCUGUUUAAUUGCCAUUAAAAAGGUUAAAAAAAUAAUUUCCAGGGGACGCUGAGUAAUAUUUUUUCUGGAAAGAGGGCGGUAGGCCAAAUAAGUUUGGGAACCACUGAUCUAUCCAAUGCAAUUUUCUAAAUCAGCACCCCAAAUAACCCCAGGAACUGUCUUAAAAACAAAGACACCAAGAAAGAGAUAUUUUUGGUUGGGCUGUGUUGUUAUCUGUAGUAGUAACGGUGAGGCCACGGACCAUAUUUUAGUUCUUGUGGACCACUGGUGGUCCACGGACCACCGGUUGGGAAGUACUUCUCUAGAGAGACUAUGUGACAAUUGACCAGAAUCUGAUGCACAGGAGAACCAAGAAAUUCCUAAGGAGAACAUAUGUCUCGGUAUUUCUAGGUCCUUCAGUGCAACGUUUGGAUUAAGUUGACCAUAGAGAUGUACUGCAAGGCCUAGUUAUUCCUAGAGGGGUUAAAAAUGGUGGCUUUUUUAGUUCUUUACAUUGACAUAAAGGUCCUGCACCCCAACCCUUACAACUGUGGAGGGAUAACUACCAACUUUCCACAUCUUCCCACCCAACAUGGCUAUUGGGGCCAUUGGCUGAGAAGGUCUGGAUGAUGACCACCAAAUGCUCCUUUCUCAAGUUCUGUUUCUCAUGAGUUGAGGAGGACCAUGGCUGGUCUUCAACCUCAUAUCGUAAAAGUGGAGUGUCUGGGGAUCUCAGUGUCAAAGGAGAGCAGAAGGAGAAGAGCAGGGUAGAAAGAGAAAGAAAGGAUGGAUUGCCCUAUUGAUUGACAUCCAUAAGAAAUGAUGCCUCAGAAGGGCCCAGCUCCUUAAUAACAACCAAGGGAAAGGAUGGGGGAAACUUCUGAUCUUAACGUCUCCAUAACCUUGUCAAGAUGAAAGGGUUGGAGCUUUAGCCUUAACUGAAAAGUCCAUUUUGAAAAGCCCACAGAUGACAUUCCUUUCCAGUUUAGAAGGAACGAGGCCAAGGAUGAUAGGACUGAAGUUCUCAGCAGGACGUAGGAAUGGAAGUCCACCUCGGUUCAAGGAUUGCAUUUGCCCUACUUGCAUGGCAUGAGCUAUACAAGAGGAGGGACACAGUAGGGAUUGAGGUGGGUUGUGGGCCUUCUGGGACCUCUGACCAUAGCACCCAAUCAUCCCUAAGCUGGGGGUGAUGGGUGUUGUGGUCCAGAUGUCUGCAGAGAGGCUUCCAGGUUGUCCCCAACCCUUUGAUGCAUCUCCCCAACUGCCUUCGCUCAACCAUGUCCACCCUGCUGUCCAUUGGCUGCUGCUCCCAUCGCGACCCACGGCUUCCUCAGAGCACAAUCGGCUACAAAGCAACUGCCAUCUCUCUAAGGGCUACUACCUUUUUGCUACCAUAGUCUAUUUGCUACCUUCGAAGGGAACGCACGGGUUGGAGAUGGUAGGAGAGUUCUUAUUUGCAAAGCUACCUCUGAUGUCAUAAGCAGACCCGUCCCGCCCUUCCUCACACGCCAUCACUCCGAACUGGCUUGGGUGUUUCUUUGUCGUUCGCGGUUUCUUUGUCAUUUGCGGUUCCAAAGAAGAAACCUGGGUGGGUGGGUGGGUGGAGCGGGGAGAAAGAGGUGACUGUUCCCCAUCUGAGACACCCAUCCGUCAUGUUGGGCAUGAAAUAUCUUGAGUAUCCUGCCUUGUCCUGUUUAUACAAUGCUUUCUGUAGGAGAAAAUCUGAAACAAAACGGUUUUGUAAGUUGUUGGGAUGGGAUUGCAUGGUGGGUGGUGGAAAGGGAGCCACAACGUUUUUAUUUCGGGGUAUUGGACCUGCUGGAGUCAGACCCACCGCUUACAAGUACAGCAGAGUCUUGCUUAUCCAAUGUAAAUGGGCCGGUAGAACGUUUGAUAAGUGAAAAUGUUGGAUAAUAAGGAGGAAUUAGGAGCCCCGGUGGUGAAGUGUGUUAAAGCACUGAGCUGGAGACUGAAAGGUCCCAGGUUCAAUCCCCGGGAGCGGCGUGAGCCAACCUAGCUCCUGCCAACCUAGCAGUUCGAAAACAUGCCAAUGUGAGUAGAUCAAUAGGUACGGCGCUCCAUGCAGUCCUUGGAGGUGAAGCGCUGAGCUGCUGAACUUGCAGAAAUGUCCCAGGUUCAAACCCAGAGAGCGAAGUGAGCAUCCACUGUUAGCUCCAGCUUCUGCCAACCUAGCAAUUCAAAAACAUGCCAGUGUGAGUAGAUCAAUAGGUACGGCGCUCCAUGCAGUCAUGCCGGCCACAUGACCUUGGAGGUGAAGCGCUGAGCUGCUGAACUUGCAGAACGAAAUGUCCCAGGUUCAAACCCAGAGAGCGGAGUGAGCGUCCACUGUUAGCUCCAGCUUCUGCCAACCUAGCAAUUCGAAAACAUGCCAAUGUGAGUAGAUCAAUAGGUACGGCGCUCCAUGCAGUCAUGCCUUUGGCCACAUGACCUUGGAGGUGUCUAGGGACAACGCCGGCUCUUCAGCUUAGAAAUGGAGAUGAGCACCAACCCCUAGAGUCGGACACGACUGGACUUAACAUCAGGGGAAAACUUUUUAACCUAAGGAGCCUAUUAAAUGUCAAAUUAUGUUAUGAUUUUCCAAAUUAAGCACCAAAACAUCAUGUUUUAUACCAAGUCUGCCACUUGUUUGGGAGCGUGGCUGCGCUUGUGUUGUUAUUGGGCAUGUUGGCCUGCCGAGAGAAACAGUUGUGGGUCCAGGCAGGAAGCAGAUUGCGUUGGAUAAUACAGAAUGUUGGAUAAGCGAGACUCUACUGUAAUUUGAAAAGGCAGCAAUGGGCUCUGGGAUGGUAAUGCUAUGUAUACUGGGAUGUAUGGUUCAAAAGAGGGCCACAGGAGCAAGAGUGCCUUCGCUUCACCGCUUAUGACGGACGUCUCCCCCGUUCUGAGGUUUCGGAUUUGAUCAUCCGGCUCAGCUCAGCCCUAGACGAGGAAAUGGUCAAAAUCCAGAUGCCAACUCCUGAUGCAGAUAUGGACUGUGCCUGCCUAGUUCUGUUUGUUUGUGUUGUUUUUCUAAAAAUGCAUUCCAGAGGCCUCCAAAAGCCAUUCUACGUGUGGGUUCCUAUGGCUUUGGGGCAGUGGUCAUCUCACUGGCCACAUUUCUUGUAGAUGAAAAGGCUCCGGACCAGCCAGAGAGGAAACCAUCCGGUCAAAGCUUCUACUAAUUCAGAAAUAUUGCAAUUAACCAUGGCUUUUCCAUCCCGCUUCUAUCAAAGUUGGAGUCACACAACAUGGAGACCACCCUUGAUCAUUGCCGUCCUGCUUCUCCACCUCAACAUGGAGACUGCUAUUGAUCAUUUUAAUUUUCUUACUGUUUCCAAGAGUGUAAUGAGAGUCCAAAAGAACCAAUUUUAGCUCAACAACUUUCUUGGCCUCCAAACCGAUGGACUCUGAGCUGGUCUCAUCUCGUCUGAUAUGCCAAACAUGACCAAGCUCUUUUUCUUGGUGGCCAAAUCUAGGGUUUGUGUUGAAAGAAUCAAAUAUGCAGACAGGCAUGUACAAAUGGCAGGACGUGUCCUGAUCAUGGGCCAUCGGAAAGGGAGAACGCUUCGACUACAAUGGUGCCAAAUGGCACAAGGAAGAAGAGCCCAGAUGCCAACAUCUUGUGCCCAACAGGUGACUUUUGAAAGCUUAUUGCAUCCAUGCGUGUAGAACAGUCGCACAGAUAGUGGUUUCCUUCACUGCAAAAAAAAUAUUCUUUAAAUAUUAAAUCAGACUCUGGGUUGAUAUGAGUUUUCUAGGCUGUAUGGCCACAUUUCGGAAGCAUUCUUUCCUGACGUUUCACCCACAUCUAUGGCAGGCAUCCUCGGAGGUUGUGAGGUCUGUUGGAAACUCGGCAAGUGGGGUUUAUAUAUCUGUGGAAUGUUCAGGGUAUUGUCUGUUCAAGGCAAGCGUGAAUGUUUCAAUUGGCCACCUUGAUGAGCAUUGAAUGGCCUUUCAGCUUCAAGGUCUGACUGCUUACUGCCUGGGCAAUACUUUGUUGGGAGGUGUUAGCUGGCCCUGAUUGAUUCAUGUCUGGAAUUCCUCUGUUUUCAGAGUGUCCUGAUUUUAGAGGUUUUUUAAAAAAAAUACUGAUAGCCAGAUUUUGUUCAUUUUCAUGGUUUCUUCCUUUCUGUUGAAAUUGUCCACAUGUUUGUGGAUUUCAGUGGCUUCUUUGAGCUGAUUCGUAUCCAGGGAGCGGGGUGAGCUCACACUGUUAGCCCCAGCUUCUGCCAACCUAGCAGUUUGCAAACAUGCAAAUGUGAGUAGAUUAAUAGAUACCACUCCGGCAGGAAGGUAACAGUGCUCCAUGCAGUCACGCCAGUGGCCACAUGACCCUGGAGGUGUCUAUGGACAACGCCGGCUCUUUGGCUUAGAAAUGGAGAUGAGCAGCAACCCCCAGACUUAAUGGCAGGGGAAAACCUUUACCUUUCACUCUGCAGAGUCUGACGUGGUAGUUGUUAAGAGUGGUUCAGCAUUUCUGUGACUAUUCAAUGCCAGUCAAGGUGGCCAAUUGAAACAUUCACACCUGCCCUAAACAGACAAGUGUUCUCUCUCGCACCUUGAACAUGCCACAAAUAUAUCAAUUAUUUAUUAUUUAUUAUUUACAACAUUUAUAUCCCGCCCUUCUCACCCAAAGGGACUCAGGGCGGCAUACACAAUUGGCAACAAUUCGAUAGUUAAAACAUAGCAAUGAAUAAAAUCCAAUUACAACACUUAAAACAAUAUAAAAAUAUCAAGGUAAAGGUUUCCCCUGACGUUAUGUCCAGUCUUGUCUGACUCUGGGGGUUGGUGCUCAUCUCCAUUUCUAAGCUGAAGAGCCGGCAUUGUCCGUAGACACCUCCAAGGUCAUGUGGCCAUAGGCAUGACUGCAUGGAGCGCCGUUACCUUCCCGCCGGAGCGGUACCUAUUGAUCUACUCACAUUUGCAUGUUUUCGAACUGCUAGGUUGGCAGGAGCUGGAGCUAACAGCGGGUGCUCAAGCCGCUCCCAGGAUUUGAACCUGGGACCUUUCAGUCUACAAAUUCAGAAGCUCAGCGCUUUAACGCACUUCGCCACCGGGGCUCCUAUAUAUUGUACUAGCUGAGCCUGGCCACGCGUUGCUGUGGCAAAGUGGUGGUGGUAUUGGUUAAAAAUUGUUGUGUAAUUUUUAUUUGAUGUUAUUGGUAUUUUUUAAUUAAUUUUAUUGUAAGUUAUCUUUUUAUUUAUUAUAUUUUAUUAUUUUCUUGCAUUAUUUUUAGUUAUUUUCUGUUAUUAUAGUAUUUUAUUGUAUUAAUCUUUUAGUGUUUUUAAUUUUUUUUAGUGUUUUUUAUUAUUUUUUAUUGGGUUGCUAGGAGACCAAGUUGGAGGAGCUUAGCCUUCUAACUGGCAGCAAUUGGAUAAAAGCAAUUAUUCCUCUCCCUCUAAUUAGGACUUUAUUUUUCUUUUCUUUUUGUUAUAUCAACCUAGAGGAUGAUGGGUUGUGUUGUCAAAUUUCGAGGUCGGGGGGCCUGUAGUUUUGUUGUUUUGUCGGUCGCCGUGAUGCCAUUACUCUUUUAUAUAUAUAGAUGUACAUUUGAUUUGUAAGUUGCUCUGAGUCCCCUUUGGGGUGAGAAGAGCAGGAUAUAAAUGUAAAUGUAAAAUAUAAAACAUAUGGUUAAAGUCUGUUUCAACCCCAUGUGACUAGUCUCCAAAAUACCUCCUUACCUCUGAGGAUGCCUGCCAUAGAUGUAGGCGAAACGUCAGGAAAGAAUGCUUCUGGAACAUUGCUAUACAGUCUGGAAAACUCACAGCAACCCAGUGAUUCUGGCCAUGAAAGCCUCCGACAACACAAAUCAGACUCUCAUAGAAUCAUAGAAUAGUAGAGUUGGAAGAGACCUCAUGGGCCAUCCAGUCCAAGAAGCAGGAAAAUCGCAUUCAAAGCACCCCCGACAGAUGGCCAUCCAGCCUCUCUUCCAUUUCCACCGCAAGUUAAAAUAGGUGAUUUCGCCAAGUUGCUAAAAAUGUCAUUAUGUGCCUCGCCAAUAUUAAACGAAUAGGGCAAAUAGGAAGUUAUCAAGAGGUAGGUAAGUAUUGCCCAGCAAGAAGUGGAACGUCCAGUGAAGAGUUGGGCUUGAGACCAAAAAUCCAAAAGAGAUUUGUGGCAGAAGUUAUACGGACAAAAGCGAUUGUUGACUCCCUGUUGGUUCUCCAUGCAAAGCCUCGUCCCCAUAGAAGGCUUUUCCACCUGUCCUGGCCAGAGAUGGGACUCAUUGCUCACCUAGGUCCUUGGCAGGAAGGACAAGGUCCAUCACCACCCAGCAUUUCUUCCCUUUGCCCCACGAACCCUUCUCGCCCUGCCACUUGCCUUCCCCGAAUGGGCUUUCUGUUUCCGUCAUUCCAAAAGGAACACUGUGCCUCCCAAAGACAGGGCGGCAGUUUUGGCAUUCCAGUGGAUUUACAAUUCUUUUGACUGAUUCCUUCUUAUGAUUUCUUGUAGUAUAAUAAAGAAAGACGAAUGGACAUUGUUAUCUCUGUAGCUCUGUAGCUCUGUAGUUAAUGAUAUUCUGCUUAGACUGAAAUAAAGCACAGUCCAGUGGGAAUUUGC